AUGCCACAACCUACUGUGGAAUUCUACCAUGAAUCUGUGAGAAUAGUCUCAACCAACAGAGUAUCGAUCGAACAUGAUGCGACAAAUACACAUUGGAGGAUGUUUAUCAAAGAAAGUCAAGAGGAAGAUUUCGGAAGAUAUCACGCCGUGGCGAAGAAUACCGUAGGCAGCGUGAUAUCUGAAGCUACAGUAACCCGAAAGAGUGUGACGCCAGUGUUUGAGCAAGGCUUAAAGUCUACCACUGUCACCGAGAAGGAGGAGAUUAGAAUGGAAGUGAAAGUCAUUGGCACAGCGCCAGAAGUCACUUGGUACAAAGAUGGCAAGCAAAUCAUCACCGAUUCUAUGCAUGAGAUUAGAACUGAGGAGUCUACCCGUACCUACAGUCUCGUAAUCAAAGAGUCCAGCCUUACCGAUUCUGGCAAAUACACGGUUAGGGCAGAGAACGCAGCCGGUAGAGUGGAAAGCUCUGCUGAGGUUACUGUCACACAACUCCUCCAAAAGCCAACCUUUACCAAGGAGCUCGUCACUACUGAAGUGAAAAUGAGUGAAACGGCAACGUUGAGCGUUUCUGUACAGGGCACGCCAGCUCCAGAAAUUGUCUGGAUGAAAGAUGGUCAGCCAGUCAGCAUUGACAACACCCAUAUCAUUUCUAAGAGGGAAAGUGAGCAAAACUACUCGAUUACCAUCACAUCUGCGCGCCAGGAAGAUGCUGGAAGAUAUACCUGCGAGGCGAAGAACGUUGCUGGUGUAGCUGAAUGCUCUGCAAAUGUUGCUGUUAUCAAAACAAUGGAAGGCCCACAAUUUACCGAAUUCUUGCGACCAAUAGAGGUGAAAGAGACAGAGACAGUACAGUUGUCAGUGACAGUGACAGGAACUCCACAACCUCAAGUGUCAUGGUUCAAGGAUGACAGACCAGUGGAGAUUGACACUGUGCGCACCAUCGCAAAAGAUGAAGGCAGUGGUCAUUUCACAUUAACAAUCAAAGAUAGCAAAGUGACAGACAUUGGCAAAUACUCUUGCAAGGCUGUCAAUGAGGCAGGAGAAGCUAGGACUGAGGCUACAGUCCAUAUUGCUAAGGAAACCGCUGCU